AUGUCUUUCUUAUUUUAUUUCCAGCUAUGGAGCUUGCUCCUACAACCACUUGUGUACUCUCAAGUCCUCUCAGGAGUCCAGAUCGGGGCACCGGGGAAUUUCUCCACGACUUGCAAUGCCACUUUCUAUCAGAAAGUCUCAUGCAACCUAAAACUCUAUGAAAUCGCGAUCGGACAACGUAUUCCCACAUCAAGAGAUCUGCCUGAUAUCUGCACAGCCACCUGUCUGAACGAACUAGAAAUCUUGAGGCAAAAGCAGCUUUCAGAUUGCUGCACUUCGGACUUGGUAGUCACUGGGGAUGCGACAUAUCCCGCGACGUAUGCCUCGGAUAUUCUCUUAUUUACAUACAACUACAUUUGCUUGAACAAUCCGUGGAAUAGUAAUGCCACUGGUGCAACCUCCACUGAGCUAUGCUCUGACUGUAACCUGCUCAUUCAGCAGGCUCAGUUAGAUUCGCCUCUCGGAUACGAUGAUGACUUAGCCAGCUCGUAUUCAUCACUGACGUCGUCAUGCGGAGUCACCAAAUACCCAACCUCCUCUCAAUCUUCUUACUCUUUGAAUCGGACGACGACACAGACUACAGGUAGGAAGGCAACUGCUACAGCAGCUGUCAAUGCCUGCAAGACAACAUACACAAUUAAGCCAGGUGACACUUGUCGUACUUUCUCAGUCACACAAUUGAGGUCUUGGAAUCCCAAUAUUAACACGCAAUGUUCAAACUUAAAUCAACUCGAGGGUUAUCAGAUUUGCAUAAGUUUCCCCGGGCCGCCAAGUGUUAAUGUAACAGGAAGCGCAUCUGUUACGGCCCCAGUGAUGACAAUCCCUACCAACCUAGCCCUGAAUACAUCAAGACAUUGUGGAAAAUAUUACAAAGUUGUUGAUGGUGAUAGUUGCGCUAGCAUAUCCGUCGCCUUGGGAAUUUCCCUCAACGACCUCUAUUUUCUCAACCCGAUGAUAAACAGCACCUGCGGUAAUCUGUUGCUCGGUACAUACUACUGCGUUGAGGCGGUAGGAAAUAUUGCCACAUAUUCCGGUUACAAGCCGUCUGGUAGAAGAACUAUGAGCGGCCCCUGCUUCGAAAUGAAUGCCCCUUCUUCUUGUUAUGGUCUUGGCUAUAUGUCUACUGCAAUACCGUUCACUUGGCCAGCGGUUGGCACACAACCUCCUGCAGCCACUCGAUUCCCCAAUGUGACAGCCACUAAAGAUCUCCCGCUGGCACCCGGUACCCCGGAUUCUUGUAGGAGGUACACACAGCACUUCAAUACUUCUUCUAAGAGAAACAUAAAUGAGUGUGGUUGGGUUGCAUGGAUCCAUACACGCUGCCAGCCCCGAUUUGGCAAAUGUGCCACCGGCUCUGUCAUAAAAACUUCAACGAAAAGCGUAUCAUCGGUCUCACCAACGGUCACCUACUCACCUGAUGGCUCGUGUGGUGGUGGAAAGAUCCCGCCACAUACCUCUGGAAGCGGGUAUGAGAUUACGUUGUUUAUGUAA